CAUUGCGCUGGUAAGAAAUUGUAACUCGAUAUCUUGCGUCAUCAGCAAACUAAGCUCAAAAUGGCUAACGCCGUACGGGGUAUUAUGGAGUUUUUCUCAACUGCUGCUCAGCAGACUGUUUUGAUAUUCGUAGCAGUGUUGUUGUUAAGUCUGUGGAUGCUGUCGUCGAGGAAUCCUCGGGUGAACUGGCCGCCCGGACCUGUCUGUUUCCCCGUGGUGGGAUGUCUCCCACAGAUGAUGAUCAGCAGUAGGAGAAGACAACCAACGGAUCUUCUUCCAUGGUAUGAUACAUACGGAGAUAUCAUGCACGUUAAAUUUGGUGAACAGCACAUGAUAAUGCUGGGGACUUAUGAGCUGAUUCAGGAGGCCUUCGUGAAGAACGCAGAUACUGUCAGCUCUAGGCCUACUUGGAUAUAUUUCAUAAGGGAAAUAGUUGGAAAAGACGGAGCUGGAGUUAUUUUUAAAACCGGGCACGCAUGGAAGGAACUAAGGAGAUUCACGCUCUCGUCUCUUCGAGAUCUCGGCCUGGGGAGAAAAAGUUUACAAGAGAGAAUUCAGGAUGAGGCAAGGUACUUGAUGCAAAACAUUGAAAAUGAAAAUGGAAAGGCUUUCUCUCCCAGGGACAGGAUCGGAAAAGCUGUCAGCAAUAUUAUGUCUAUCGUUGUAUUUGGAACAAGAUAUGACUAUCAUGACACCCCAGAAAUGCUGCCAGUUCUAGAGGAGGUACUGCGACUUGGCGAAGGGCCACUCUUCCUUACCAACUUGGCACGGUUCAUAAUGCCGAUGAAGAAGAUGAUCGCCCUUGUGGACAAGCUAUAUAGUUUGAUACGACAAGAAGUCGAAAAACACCGCCAGUCCUUUGAUCCAACUGACAUCCGGGACUUCAUUGACCUCUUCAUUAAGGUCACACAAGAGGAGGAAGAUCCCGAGGUCUACACAGAAUGGAACGUAUUCCGCAUCAUCGUUGAUCUCUAUUUGGCUGGAACUGACACAACAGCUAAUACUUUGAGAUGGUCCCUGGUUCAUAUGGUAAAUCAUCCGGAUGCUCAGAAGAGGGUGCAACAGGAAAUUGAUCAGGUAAUAGGUCAAGGUCGUGUUGCCAAGAUGGAGGACAAGGCCAGGAUGCCAUUCACGGAAGCAACCGUACUGGAGGUCUUUCGUUUGUCCACCGUUGCUCCGCUGGGUGCGCCCCAUGCCACCAGUGAAACAACCAACUUGGCAGGAUACACCAUUCCCAAGGGAACGGUAAUAGUGGGAGAUUUGUACCGGGUUCUCCACGAUAAGAAUAACUUCGAAGAUCCUUACAAGUUCAAACCAGAAAGAUGGCUGGAUGGCGACGGUAAAGUGGUCAAGUCGGACAAACUGAUACCGUUUUCUAUGGGACCCCGUGUUUGCCUGGGCAAGGGGCUUGCUGAAAUGGAAGCGUUCAUUUUCUUCACCACGUUGCUUCAGAAUUUUACCUUCAAGGUACCAGAGGGCGAGAAACCUCCGGAUGGAGUGGAAGGCCUCAACACGUUCACUUUUACGCCAUACCCCUACAACGCGUGCGCUGUUAGGCGUUAGAACGGAAUAAAAAAUUGCCUCUAACUAUGGACAUGUACAACUGUAUCUGCAUAAAUACGUUAGAUCAUCCGAGUCUGACAUGUGACAGACGGUACCUAAACUAAAAUACUUCGUUUAUUCUUGAAAUGAUUAUUGUGCAUUUGUUCUUGGCAAAAACGUUUGUCAGAAAUCGCCUUUAAUAAACUUUGUGUAGUUGCUUGAAUGUUGUGUAUUAAGUAAGGGUAAAUUAAAUGCAAAUUGUAUUAAAUUGUGUGCUGUGAUUUGCCUAUAACAAACACUAUCGAUUCCUAGUUUAAUAGACAGACUUUGUCAGAAAGGUUGUCCCACCUCUAAGCCCAUGUGUUUUUGUAAGUAAAUGAUCACCUCACAUUUGUGGACAAUUUAUGACAGUGUCCUGUGGCGUGAAUUGCAGUCUGUAUAUUUGCAUUAUGUUUGCUUAUUUGUUUGUUUUAGUUUAGUAUAUGCAAGUGUGUGACCACGAUAAAAAGCGAUAUAAAGCGAUUUAAAACAUCGUCUUAGAUUUUAUUACAUUAUUUCAUGGAAAAAUAAAUGAAUGCAUCGAAACAAAUUAAAAAUACCGAUGAGUUGCGUAAAGUACAAUGAUGAAAAAGGGGCAUUGUAACCACAUGAGACAUCAACUUUUACCAAACUCAGAUAUGUUUAUAUAUAUACAGUUGUAUGAGGUCUGAAAUGAAAACGUGCGCUAACUUCUUUCAAUCAAGGAAAGAUUUUCGCUACAUUACUUCUUGGUAAAUGAAAAACGUGUUUUUGAAAUAUUCCCUUUAUAAUAAAUGUUUACCCCAGUAAGUGUUAAUUUAAGGCAGAACUUAAAGAUUUACAUAAAUUCGUAGAGUAUUUAUUAACUUAUCAUUCAUUCAUCAAU